AUGAGUGUCCGGGAUAACAUCCGGGACAUGUGGGACAAUGAACUUUUUACUGACUGCGUUAUAAAGGUAAAAUUAUUAUUUUUUUGGGGGGGGUUCAUUGAUUUUUUUUUAGGAUGAAUGGAUGGGUGGUUGAUUUGAAUGUUGGAAAGAUGAAUCAUUUUUUUCGGAUUCUCUCAAGUUUUUUUGAUGAAUUUUGAAAAAAAUUUUUUUCAAAAAAAAUUUGGGGCUUAGGUUUUUUUCUUUUUGGCUUCAGGGUUCCAAAGAAAUUUUGAAAAAAAUUGUUGAAAAAAAUAUUUUUUUGAAGUUUUAGUACUCAUGAAAUAGAGAAAGUGGGAUUUCUUUAUUUAUUUAUGUUUUUUUCAAUCAUUCUCUUUCUUCAUUUUUUUCACACGAAAUACUUCUAGAGGUGAUAUUUUUAUAACUCAAAUUUUAAUCCUAACUUUAAAUUUUUUUAUACUUGUUUUUAAAUUUUUUCGCUUUUUAUGACUUCUUUGGAGAAGAUAGGGUAUAAUAAAUAAGAAGCGGAGAAAAGUUAGUCAAUUUUUAAAAUUAAGUUAAGAACUGCAAAAAUAUUGUCAAUAGAAAAAUGUGUGUUUUAAAAAGUUCAUAAUGCACUUUUUCUAUGAAAAUUUUGGUUUUUUCGGUUCUGUGCUAUUUUUUUUUAUUUUUUUCUCACAAACUGAAGUGAUUGUUUAUAUAUUCCCAACUCGAUAAAUGUUAAAAAAUACGUUGAAAGUUGGAAAAAACCACUAAAUUUUUUGCAAACCCAAAAAAAAUAUCUCACUGCGAUAUCCAUUAUUUUUCAGGUCGGAAGUAAACAGAUCAAAGCCCAUCGAUGUAUUUUGGGGCAAAUGUCCCCGGUUUUCAAAUCCAUGUUCAACAAUGAAUCCAUGUUGGAGGCCCAAAAUGGAGUCAUCGACAUGACCGACGCCAAGUAUGAAUCGGUUCGUUUUCGUUGUUUUUGGUAUUUUUGGGAAAGCUUUCAAAUGUCAAAAAAAUGGCUAUUUUCUAGAAAAUGACGAAAAAUAGGUGAGGCAAAUUGUAGAAGCUUUAAGAAUUUGUUUAAAAAUUUUUAUUGAUGUGUAAUCAGUUCGUUUUCAACUCCAAAAUGUAGGAAUCUGAGAACAAUUCGUAGUUUAGGCAGAAAUUGACUGUAAAAUGAUGGAAAUGAGCAGUUUUGAACAAUAUGCGAAUUUAAUCAUAUAUUUGCUUCUUUUUAUUCCAAAAAAGGUUGAUAAUCAGGAUUUUUUUAGAACGGCUUUGUUUGUUUAAUUUUCAAAUUUUCGUUCCUUUUUCAAGAUUCAGGCAAAUGGGAAAUUAAUUUCAUUAAUUCAACAAAAUGUUCAGUAGACAGCACGUAGAAAAACUUGAAAAAAAUUGAAAAAAACUUUGAAUAUCUGAUUUUUCUAUUUUUUCGAUUUUAAAUAGAUAUUCGAGUCUAAAAUUAAAAUUUCUCUCUUUGAUAGCCUUUAUUUUACUGUUCAAAAUUGGUUUUUUGAUAUUUUGCAAGUAGAUUCACAACGGAGUUUUAUCAUUAAUCCUGUGAGGGCGAUUUUUCUGUUCAUAGACCUUCAAAAAUCCAUUUUUUCAAUUUUUCAGGUACGAGCAAUGGUUGAAUUCAUGUACACGGGUAGCACGGAUGCGUUGGAUUCCAAUUCCGUCGACGAGAUUUUGGCCAUUGGUUUGUUUCAUUUCUAAUAAUUUCAUAUAACUUUUCUCGAAAUUCCAGCCGACAAGUACGAAGUUUUGCCGUUGAAAGAACAGUGCGAACGCCAAAUUUCCUACACGAUCAACCACAAAAAUAUCACCCACAUUGCUGUUUUCUCAGACACGUAUAGUGCGGUUAUUUUGAAAAAUGUGAGUUCGAGAAAAUUGGAAAAGUCGGCUAGUUUGGAAAACUAGGCCAUGGCGCAAGUUUGCUCCAUCGAACACUUUGAAUUUUUUUUCUUUUUUAAUUUUAGUUGCAAGGUUUUUUCUACCGUUUUUGCGCGCCAUGGUCACUAAAUAUAUAUAAUAAAAAAACUGGAAAUUGGUUAAAUUUUUGAAAAAUUAUGCAUUUUUAACAGAAAGUCAUGUAGCAAAAAAAUUCAUAAAUAAUAAAAAUGAGAUUUUUGGAUAAAAAUACACGUGAAUUAGGCAUUGAAUCAGUUUCUAAAUGUUUUUUUAAAUGUAGUAUUUUUCUCGCGAAAAAUCAUAGAGAUAGAGAGAAUAAAUGGCUAAAAUCGUUUGUAAAACGGAUAGAAAAAUACGAAAUUUCGAAAGUUUUCCGUGGAGCUAAACUUGUGCCGUAGCCUAGUUUUGCCGAAAUGGGUCGAUUUCUUCAAAUUUCCGUUGUUUGAACGAGGAAAAAUGGUAAUUUUUCAGGCGGUUAUUCGAUUUUUUUGGCGAUCCACCACAAGGCGAUCAUACGGACGCAGGAGUGGAGGACCAUGA